GACGUCCUGUGUAAGAACGGGAGCAAAACACGCGCAUGAGGGAGGAACACGAGUUCACGCAUGUUUGUUUGUUUUUUAUUUUAUUUUUUCCGUGCAAGUGAAGACAAACUUCGACCCAGAAUAUGGACGAACCGGGACUCUAUCCCCCACCGGACUUCGGCUGCCUCCCUCCGGCCUCCAUCCAACAGGAGCAGCGCCGCUCCAGCAGCUUCCAGCCCUCCAUGUGGACCUGGACCGAGACGCCCUCCGAGCCCUGCUCGGACUACGGCGGCAGUCCGGCCUGGUACCACUGGGCAGCGGCAGGGGCAGCGUACGGUCCCCCGUCGGGUCGUGGAGGCCAUGCACUAAAACGUCCCUACAGUCAAAACUUUGGUCACGAGUGGCAUCAAGGUGGAAGACAGAACUGUGGACCCCCCAAUCACCAUGGGAAAAGGCAGAAGCAGAAGAAAGAGCCGGAGUAUUCCCAUUUCUGUGACACCUGUGACCGAGGCUUCAAAAACCAGGAGAAGUACGAUGAACAUGUUUCUCAGCAUGUAAAGUGUUCUGUGCCCAACUGCAGCUUCAUGGCUCAUGAAAAACUAGUCAGCAUCCACUGGAAAAAUAGCCACGCACCAGGAACCAGAAGAAUCAAACUGGACACACCAGAGGAAAUUGCAAAAUGGAGAGAGGAGAGACGCAAAAACUAUCCAACGCUUCAGAAUGUCGAGAAAAAGAGAAAGGUCAUGGAGGUGCGGGAGGAGACAGGAGGUGUUCUGGAAACGGCUCAGUUUGGACGGAUGAGAGGCAGAGGUCGAGGUCAUCGGUGGGGAAACAGAGGGUUCCAACAGCGACACCCACAAGGUCCUCACCCGUCUGACAGCGGUGCCACACAGAGGCCUCACCCCCUCACCCAGCCUGGCAGGGAAGUGGAUCCACUGGGAGCACUGGCCAGCUGUGACCAUGAUUCUGACAAAGAGGACCAAGCUGCAGAGUCCAGGACAGGUGGUUUGAUUGUGGCCCCUAAACAGAUGAGCUCAGCUCUUGGCUCCCUGAUGGCAAACUAUGGCUCCAUGAGUGAGAGCGAGGAGGAACCAGAGGCCAUGCCCAUUCAGAGAGCUAAAGAACUGGUGCAAGAGAACCAAGACCUCCUAAACGGACUGCCACCUCCUGACAGAGAACCCUCUAGAGGUGUGGAAACCUCCUCAGUGGGUCCAGAAGGUCACAAAGUUUCCCACUCUGGUCUUCACGUGAACGGCAGAAGAGGAAGAGGAGGCAGAGGAGGAAGAGGAGGAAGAGGAGGCAGACACCAGGACGCACCUCAGACACGUCGGCCCACAUUACUGGAGAUGCUGUUGGCGCAAGAUAUCCGCCAUGAGAGGAACGUCCUCCUGCAGUGUGUACGAUAUGUUGUCCGAAACCGCUUCUUUGGGCUGGAGAACAGAGCUCCGAACCAGGAGGAGAUCAAGAACAAAGACGCAGCAGCUUUUACAACUGGAGAGCAAGAAGAAAGGAAGGAAGAGCAAUCAGAGGAAAGCAGGACUGUGGAGAUGACAGAACAUGGAGGGGAAAUCCCAGAAGUCCUGGAUGGUUUAGAAACUAGUAAAGUCAUUGACCAGGACCAGGACACACCGAGUGACCAGGUGUGCUCAGAACAAUCUAAUGAUCCUGCUGUGGAAACUACAGGGGUCACAUCCAGCAGAGAAUCCUCCAGUCGUGAUUUGACAGAUAAAAUCACACCUACCUGUAAUAUGUAUGAUGAUGAAGUAUGGGAAAGCUCCCAUGCUGUACUGUGAAAUCCUAGGAAGUUGCUAUAUGAUCUGUCUAGAUCUAUAAAAUCUGGAUUUGUUUCAUGAAACUGAGACAUUUGUUAUUCAGAUUAAAUGUUAGACUUUUUCCAGAGAAAUUUUUAUUUUUCUGUGAGUUUAUUUUUUAUGCAAUAAAUGGAAGCAUAAUGUAAAGACACAUCUUUUUUUUCUCUCUUGUAAAAUAAAUAAUUGUGUUGA